AUGUUCAAUGCACUGAUUGUCCUCGGUCUUGCCGCACAAGCCGCCGCGUUCCCGACCUUUGUCGCCCAGGUGCCAAACGGCGAUAAAGUCGCCGGCGUGGGGGCCAUUGGUCAUGUCAACCCGGCGGGCGGCGGCGCUCGCAACGCGUUCGGCCAGGCCUUUGCGAAGGCCGGCACCAAAUGGACGCCUGAGCUGUGCCAAGCCGAUUCCGACAGCGACGGCGCCACGAACGGAGAAGAGCUCGGCGAUCCGUGCUGCACAUGGAAAGUUGGUGCGACAUUGAGCACGACCACGGCGACCCAUCCUGGCAAAGCUGACAC